CGAAAACAAACCUAGCAACACUUGUACAAACGCCAGUCCUUAUAGAUCGAGAUAUAUUUAAUCUGUACAGACAGUGUGUAUCAGAUAACAUUACAGUUCAAACUGACAUUACCAGAUACGGAUUACUUAUCUGUCAGUAUGAGAACCACAGACACAAUGUCCACAGACGUGAGAGAGGUGCUUCUGGAGGUUUACGUCAAUGACGCCUUCUACUUCGGUGACACCUACUGGGCAUCAGAUGAUAAAGAUGUGCAGCUGGAGUUUGAGAUCACCGAUGACAUCUACGACCUUAUCAGCGGCAGUGCAUCUCGAGAGUUAGAUGUGCAGCUGGAGGUUGUGACAGUGGAUCAUGUCUCAGGCAGAUACUGCAGUCCAGGAGAGAUGCGUGUGCAGCUGGAGGUUAAUGCUAGUGACAACAUCUCAGUCUGUGAAGUGAAAGAUUUGCAGCUGGAGAUGAACAGGAACGACAGCAUCUCAGAGCUGAAGAGUCCUACACUGGUCUCUGAAGAUCUGAGCGACCCAGCAGGACCUUCAGUGGAAGAGGCCAAUGAUCAGGGUGGCCUGGAUGCUGAGAACAGUCCAACAGGACUCACUGUUGGGGAGAUAACCAGGAAAAUGGGGGCAAUCUUCCAGCAAAUAUUUGCAGUUUUCCAGACAAAAAUGCCAGAAACUGUUGGGCAACCUGAAUUGGAUCUUCCCGAUCCAAAGGAAUCGUUUGUUCCAGAUCCAAGUGCUCUCAAGCCAGAACCUGAAAUGGAUCUGUUAGAUACCGAGCAAUCGUGUAUCCCUGAACCUGAAGUGGAUCUCGUGGUUCCUUCUGAACCUAAACUGGAUCUGGUUGAUCCAGAGGAAGCAUGUGCCAGCCCAAAAGAAACUUCCAAAGCCAUGAAGAAUAAGAAAGUUCUUGGCUUCGUUGUAACUAAGAGAGUAGAAUAUGCUACAGUGAGGAAUACGAAAAAAACCUUCCUCCAGAACAACAGAUCGAACUCAGUAUGGCCUGAGAUGGAUCUGAAUGUUCGUCAACCAAAACCUAUUGAGGAUUUGGUUGCUCCUCCUAAAUGGGAUCUGGUUGAUGCAGUGGAACUGUACACCCCGAGUCCUAGCGUUCCUGAGCCAGACUCUGAGGAGGAUCUGGAUGAUCCUCUUGAACGUGAAUGGGACAAGGACUCGAUGGAAUUAUACGCCCCGGGUUCAAGUGUCCCUGAGCCAGACGCUGAAGAGGAUCUGGUUGAUUCAGUGGAAUUGUACCUCCCGGGUCCAAGCGUUCUCAAGCCACGACCUGAAUGGGAUCUGGCUACUCCAGUGGAUUUGGGUGCACCAAGUCCAAGCGUUCUUGAGCCAGAGUCUACAGUGUUAUCUGAACUUGCAAGUUUGGAAAACUACGUCCCUUUAAACAUGCUCCAACUAGAGGAUCGUUUGAAGCAGUGUACACUGCUCAAACAAAGACAUGUCACCAAUGUCUGGCCCAGGGUCUUCAUCGGAGAUGAAGAGGCUGCAACAGACCGAGAUAUGCUGCAGGAGAUGUGCAUCACUCACAUUCUGAACGCUGCAGCGCCCAAAAAGGACUUGAACUACUUCUUGGGAAAAUCUUAUGUUGAAGAUCUAGAAGGAACAGUCAAUACAGGGUCCAGAUAUUACAGAGGCUUGCACAUCAAUUAUUACAGCUUGCCUACAACGGACAGACACUGUUCUGACAUCAGCAAGUGCUUCAUGCCAGCUGCAAAAUUCAUUGACAAGGCCGUGAAUAAGCCAGGAAGUAAGGUGUUGAUUUGCUGCAAGCAGGGUGUCGACCACUCUGCGACUCUGUUUCUGGCAUAUCUGAUGAUCUGCCAUGACAUGAUGGUGGAGGAUGCCAUUGAUGACGUCAUAAAGUCGAGACGCAUCCAGCCCUCCAGAGACUUCCUGAAGGAGCUGAUGCUCCUCAAUGCUGACCUUGUGAACAAGCGAAAACUAAAGCUAGAGGACAUAAAAAAAGGCAAAAAAAGGAGAAAAUGGCAGCUAAAAAAGAAGUGUAGAGAUUUACUAAAAGAUAUAAAAGAAAAUGUGCACACAAUGUCCACAGACGUGAGAGAGGUGCUUCUGGAGGUUUACGUCAAUGACGCCUUCUACUUCGGUGACACCUACUGGGCAUCAGAUGAUAAAGAUGUGCAGCUGGAGUUUGAGAUCACCGAUGACAUCUACGACCUUAUCAGCAGCAGUGCAUCUCGAGAGUUAGAUGUGCAGCUGGAGGUUGUGACAGUGGAUCAUGUCUCAGGCAGAUACUGCAGUCCAGGAGAGAUGUGUGUGCAGCUGGAGGUUAACUCUAGUGACAACAUCUCAGUCUGUGAAGUGAAAGAUUUGCAGCUGGAGAUGAACAGGAACGACAGCAUCUCAGAGCUGAAGAGUCCUACACUGGUCUCUGAAGAUCUGAGCGACCCAGCAGGACCUUCAGUGGAAGAGGCCAAUGAUCAGGGUGGCCUGGAUGCUGAGAACAGUCCAACAGGACUCACUGUUGGGGAGAUAACCAGGAAAAUGGGGGCAAUCUUCCAGCAAAUAUUUGCAGUUUUCCAGACAAAAAUGCCAGAAACUGUUGGGCAACCUGAAUUGGAUCUUCCCGAUCCAAAGGAAUCGUUUGUUCCAGAUCCAAGUGCUCUCAAGCCAGAACCUGAAAUGGAUCUGUUAGAUACCGAGCAAUCGUGUAUCCCUGAACCUGAAGUGGAUCUCGUGGUUCCUUCUGAACCUAAACUGGAUCUGGUUGAUCCAGAGGAAGCAUGUGCCAGCCCAAAAGAAACUUCCAAAGCCAUGAAGAAUAAGAAAGUUCUUGGCUUCGUUGUAACUAAGAGAGUAGAAUAUGCUACAGUGAGGAAUACGAAAAAAACCUUCCUCCAGAACAACAGAUCGAACUCAACAUGGCCUGAGAUGGAUCUGAAUGUUCGUGAACCAAAACCUAUUGAGGAUUUGGUUGCUCCUCCUAAAUGGGAUCUGGUUGAUGCAGUGGAACUGUACACCCCGAGUCCUAGCGUUCCUGAGCCGGACUCUGAGGAGGAUCUGGAUGAUCCUCUUGAACGUGAAUGGGACAAGGACUCGAUGGAAUUAUACGCCCCGGGUUCAAGUGUCCCUGAGCCAGACGCUGAAGAGGAUCUGGUUGAUUCAGUGGAAUUGUACCUCCUGGGUCCAAGCGUUCUCAAGCCACGACCUGAAUGGGAUCUGGCUACUCCAGUGGAUUUGGGUGCACCAAGUCCAAGCGUUCUUGAGCCAGAGUCUACAGUGUUAUCUGAACUUGCAAGUUUGGAAAACUACGUCCCUUUAAACAUGCUCCAACUAGAGGAUCGUUUGAAGCAGUGUACACUGCUCAGACAAAGACAUGUCACCAAUGUCUGGCCCAGGGUCUUCAUCGGAGACGAAGAGGCUGCAACAGACCGAGAUUUGCUGCAGGUGAUGUGCAUCACUCACAUUCUGAACGCUGCAGCGCCCAAAAAGGACUUGAACUACUUCUUGGGAAAAUCUUAUGUUGAAGAUCUAGAAGGAACAGUCAAUACAGGGUCCAGAUAUUACAGAGGCUUGCACAUCAAUUAUUACAGCUUGCCUACAACGGACAGACACUGUUCUGACAUCAGCAAGUGCUUCAUGCCAGCUGCAAAAUUCAUUGACAAGGCCGUGAAUAAGCCAGGAAGUAAGGUGUUGAUUUGCUGCAAGCAGGGUGUCGACCACUCUGCGACUCUGUUUCUGGCAUAUCUGAUGAUCUGCCAUGACAUGAUGGUGGAGGAUGCCAUUGAUGACGUCAUAAAGUCGAGACGCAUCCAGCCCUCCAGAGACUUCCUGAAGGAGCUGAUUCUCCUCAAUGCUGACCUUGUGAACAAGCGAAAACUAAAGCUAGAGGACAUAAAAAAAGGCAAAAAGAGGAGAAAAUGGCAGCUAAAAAAAAAGUGUAAAGAUAUACUAAAAGAUAAAUGA